UCAUCCAAGUGAGAAGCUCCCUGGCUCGGUGCCACCUAAAAAUAUAUAAAUAUAAUAACAACCUGCCCCCUUCCUCCUCGUUUUGAUUCAGUCUGUGUAGCCUACAUGCAGAGGGAGAACGUCCGCCGCACAGCAAAACGAAGACAGUCUUGUCUACAGUGAGAGAGAGAGAGAGAGAGAGAGAGAGAGAGAGAGAGAGAGAGAGAGAGAGGUGGGAAACAGCUGCAAGCGGAUACUCAACAUCAACAAGCUGAGGCAUCUGUAAAGAAGGAGAAGGGAUUUGGCGAGGACAGCGAGGGGGUUCCUUACGUUUCCCCCCUCCUCUGCUUUUUAAAUUCAACAGAGGCGUGGAGCUUGCAAGACUAUCCUACAAGUGGUGAAGCGAUGGUUUAGCGGAGCAAUUUAGUAGAUUUUUUACAGCACACCCGCCCAACGACACUGUAUUACCGAUCAGCAAUCCCCCCAAACAUCUGUGGACGCUUACAGGAGGGAGAUGGCUGUUUUCCGGCUGUCGUUGCUGCUGCAAGUGGGAUUUGUGAUCGGAUCAAACCAUAAGUACGCGGAAUGGUCAGCGCAUGGGGAAGAUAUCAGCGCACAGGAGGCGAUUUACGAAGCUCAGACGCACCGUCGGCAGCUGGCGCAUCUCCGCGCGCCUCAUCAUCCUCCCGGGGAGACGGCGGAGCUGCAGCAGAAAUUAGGGGAGCAUCUCCCCAGGGUGGUCACGGCUUUUCUACACACUGGGGACUCGACCACGUUAAAGCACGCCAACUGCUCGCGGAGGUACGAGCUCACCUCUGUGCGGGGAAGGUCACAAGCCAUCCCGCAUUACUCCAUGAGCAGCGUGCUGGAUACGGUGCUGCACGCCACAAACUUCCUCAACAUGAUCUUGCAAGCCAACAGGUCCAGGGAGCAGAGUCUCCGGCGAGACAUUGAGUGGUACCAUGCCUUAGUCAGGAGUAUACUGGAGGGAGACGCCAAGAUUCACAGGGCUGUUGUCACUUUUAGCGCGGAUUCGUCCAUGACGGGGCCCUCGGUGCUUCUCCAAGCCACCAGGGCCGGUGGAGAGAUAGUCCUCCAAGACCUCUCCAGCAUGGCCCAUCACCACCUGCACAACCGCACAGCUGAAACAGAGUGGUACCACGAUGUCAAAGACAGGAAGAAGCCCAGUUUCCAUAAGAUGGUGCUGAGCCAAGAUUUUAGAUCAGUUGACAAUUCUUUGAAAAGAGGAGAGAGUUUUAUCCCAGACAAGACGCAUGUCAAGUGGUCUGCGCCCUACCUGGAGUGUGAAAAUGGCAAUUUUGUUCCCCGUUGGCUUUUGACCUUAUCAGCUGCUUUCUAUGGCCUGAAGCCCAACCUGACUCCUGAAUUCAGGGGCGUGGUGCGCGUUGACAUUAAUCUACAGGAUGUUGAUAUCGACCAGUGCUCCACUGACGGCUGGUUUGCUGGAACACAUCGAUGCGACCUGACCACUAUGGAGUGUUUGCCAAUCCAUGGUCAUGGAUUCAUCUUAGACAAGUACAAGUGCCACUGUAAGAAAGGAUUCUACCACCCCAACAGAGUGGCUGUCAAUGGCUUUACAAGGAUGGGGAGAAAGGGAAAAGCUGCAGACAGCGGCCCCAAUGCGGACGAGGGGUCUUCCAGUGACUGCAUGCCAUGCCAGCAGGGCUGCGCCUUCUGCAAGGACGACACCCCCUGUGUGGCACGAGAGGACGGUGCUCUUCGCAUGGCCGUGCUCUCCUUCCAGUGCCUCUGCUUGCUGAUUGUUUUUGUUAGCAUGGUACUCAUUUACCACUUUCGCAGGAAUAAGAGUAUCAGAGCAUCAGGUCUAGUCCUACUGGAGGCCAUCCUGUGUGGAGCUCUGCUUCUCUACUUUCCGGUUGGGAUUCUUUAUUUCCAGCCAAGUGUUUUCCGCUGCAUCCUGCUGCGAUGGGUUCGACUGCUGGGUUUCGCUACCGUCUAUGGGACACUGACUCUUAAGUUAUACAGGGUGCUGAAGGUGUUCCUGUCCCGGACAGCCCAGAGGAUACCCUAUAUGACCAGCUGGCGAGUGUUGCGUCUGCUGGGCAUCAUCCUGCUCAUUGUCUGCUGGUUCCUGGUGGCUUGGACAUCUGCCGUCUGUCAGAACCCGGACAGGAAGUUGGCUCUCAUUGACGUGGGCUACACGCCUGAUGGGCUGCAGUUCAGCAUGUGCCUGCUGGAUCGCUGGGACUACAUGAUGGCUGUCGCUGAGUUCCUCUUCCUGCUCUGGGCAGUGUAUCUUUGUUACGCUGUGAGGACGGUGCCGUCGGCAUUCCACGAGCCUCGCUACAUGGCCAUCGCUGUUCACAACGAACUUGUCCUGUCGGCGAUAUUCUAUGUCAUCAGGUUCACUCUUGCUCCGGAGCUCCAUCCAGACUGGAUGCUGCUACUGUUCUUCACUCACACCCACUUAACUGUAACAGUAACAUUGGGUCUACUACUCAUCCCUAAGUUCCUGUUUGCUGGCACCCACAUGAGAGAUGAUAUAGCCUCUGAGGCCUAUGAGGACGAGCUGGACAUGGGUCGUUCUGGGUCGUAUCUCAAUAGCAGCAUCACAUCAGCGUGGAGUGAACACAGUCUGGAUCCUGAGGACAUUCGGACACCAGACGAAAUGGGCCAUCUCAGUUCUAUUAAUGGCUGUGGCGUAAGGUCUUGCGAAAGUCUUUGGGAAAAACGUACCAACGAGGAGCUGAAAAAACUCUACUCCCAGUUGGAGAUUUACAAGAGGAAGAAGAUGCUGGCAAACAACCCUCAUUUCCAGAAGAAGCGGAGCUCCAAGAAAGGGUUGGGUCGCUCACUGAUGAGGCGCAUCACUGAGAUUCCAGAAUCGGUGCACCGUCAAUGCAGCCGUGAAGACAAGGAGGCUGGAGAACACGGGAGCAACCGUAACAGCAUCUGCAUGUUGAAGAAGAACCCCUUCGAUCCAACUCAUCCAGGAAAGCCAGCGAAGGAGGAGACACUAAAGAACAAGGUUUUUUCCCUCAAGAAGUCCCACAGCAGCUACGACCAUGUCCGUGAUCAGAGUGAAGACUCCAGCAGCUCAGCGACAGACAAGAUGGAGGUGACCACAGCUGAGGGCUCCCUCUUGGAUACACUUAUGGGCAAGAAGCUGGUCAAGAAGAAGUCCAAUGAGAAUAUGAAUGCCCCCAGUGAAUCUACAGAAUCAGUUCCUUUGGUCUGCAAGUCAGCCAGUGCCCAUAACCUCACUGCAGACAAGAAACAAAUUCAUCCUAGAGCCUCCAUGCUGCAGAAGUCCCUCAGUGUCAUCGCCAGUGCCAAAGAGAAGACUUUAGGAUUGACAGGAAAGACCCAGAGCACGGAGGACAGCAAUAAGAAGAGUCAGCCAAAGAGCAAAGACACAAGGGCCAAUGCUGAGCCAGAAAAUGAAUGCCAACCCAAGAUGAUUAUUAGCCAGUCGGUUGAGUACAAACAGAGUGUGGCAAAAGGCAGGAUCAUGAAACAGCCAGUGGGUGGCAGCCAGCCUACAAUCUGCUCCGAUCCAGUCAAGGGAAAGGACCUCUAUGAUCUCUCAGAAGUGUGUCCCUGGGAAGUGGAGGAUCUCCCAACUCCAUCUGAAAACAAGGUCCAAAAGCAUGUAUCCAUAGCACCAAAGGAAACCACAACGGUUCACGGAGGUAGCACCAAGGGAGGCAAAUCUCAGAAGCAGAAAGCUUCUGAUCAGUCUCCAUCGAGUGGCAGGCAUUCAAAGGAAAUUCAGAGGACAAACUCUGUACGAGCAGAGUUAUGUCCGUGGGAAGAUGGAAGUGAAAGUCAAGGCAGUCAAGUGGAAGGUUCGAAGCAACAAAUAUACAGUCAUGCUAGCAAACCUGCUAAGACCCAGCAGCCUGAUUCUACAACAGAAAGCUCCACAAUACAUCGGGCAGAGGUUUGUCCAUGGGACUUCGAAGAGACUCAAAAGACAACAGAGUUAGCUUGUUCACCAGAUAUGACAAGACAAAGAAAAGGCACCUCUCCUGUGGAUGGGAAAGGGAGAAGUCUCCUUUCAGAUCCAUCCAAAAUAGGAGGCUCACUCCAGCCACCAUCUUCAAAAGCUGAUGUAUGUCCCUGGGACUACGACAGCACUGCUGUAUCUCCAAAUUCUGGACAGAGGACACCUAGUCCUUCUCGAGCAUCCAAAACCAAGGAAUCCCCUUCAAAAAAGAAGGGGGCCCCUUCCACAAGAACAGUUGAGAAAGAGAAAUCAAAAGACACUGAUGAUGAGAAAAGUAGAACAAAAGCUAAGGACAAGAGUAAAUCUUCAGAGAAACACGUGAGCCAACAAAAAAUGGCUGAGGUAUGCCCAUGGGAUGUAGAGAGUCAUCAGGAAGUUCCAGUGGUAGAAAAAAGGAAAAGCGCAAAUGUUGGAGCAGCCAAACCAAAGCCGGCUGAAGUCUGUCCGUGGGAUUUUGAGGAUACGUCAGAUAAAAAAGGUACAGACAAAAGUGCUUCUGUAGUGAAACAGAAUCCUAAAGGCGGGGUUGUAAGUGCUGCUAAAAAGGCAGAUGUUUGUCCCUGGGACUUUGAGGAUAGCACAUCGAGCAAGAAGGCAUGACACUCAACCUUAAUGGACCACUGAAAUUAGAGUUAUUGACGUAUACUUUUUUUUCACUUUAAAUAUUACCUUUUACUAUUAGUAUGGUGACUUGGAAGAAAAGUUGAUCAAGUUCCACAAGUUGCCUUCCUUUCCGAGGUUUUGUUCCUGUUUUACCUAUUUUGAAAAUAAGUAAAAUGUACAAAAAACAAAACAAAGUCAUGAUGAGCAUUCCAGAUUAUUACAGGAAAAUCCUGAAGAUAAAUCCUAGACUAAUUAUGCAACUUUUGAUUCAGCCUUUUCACUUCACGAGCAAUGUUGAAAAUCUGCAUUCAUCAUGUUCUGUAUCAGUCAACAAUUCUUACAUGGUUGUUUUUGUGCAUUAACAUCAUCACUUACUGGAGUUGGAUAUAACAUGACAACAGGAGGUGUAGAGAAAAAGAAGUAUGAAAUUGAGGUUGAUGUACAAAACAGCAAAAGUGAAAGCCAAAGAAUAAGGGAACAUUUGCAAAGAAGGAUGUUGGUCUUAAGGCGGUAAAGUUAAUUUAUUAGUUUGUGUCCAGCUCUUGGCACAGAGGGAAGGACUCAGUGAGAAAAGCAGUCUAUAGCACUUUAGCCAAAUCCAUAAAUUAAGAACUGAGGACAGACUCUGUUCUACUUGUACAUUUUGUCUUCUUAUUUUCAACCUCAUGGCAUGAUAUCACACACCGACCAAACUUAGACAUGUUUUCUUUUGUUUGGAUCUAUUUAAUUGUAGUUCUCGGCAGAUUAAAAUGCUUCCAAGUCUGCAGAGAUGUACUGUAUGUGCCUAACUAACUAGCAUUGUCUUGUAUCAGUCUGAAGUGAAGCAAGUGGCUUCUUCUUCAGCACUUUGUGACAGUGAAUUAUAUAAACAGCAUGCACAGCCAGGUAUCGAGAGUAGCUGGACACUACCGGUUUGUCAACUAAAGCAGUUAAUGUAUUGACAAAUAUAUAAUGUUGUUUUUUGAAUACCAGAGGCACUCCUUUUCUUGCUUUCAUAUUUCCAAAAGCUCAUUCAGGGUGGUAAAGAAUAUAUGAGGGCAGGAUUAACAUGAAUGUGUGUCAAAAUGGCUCAUACACUAUGUACACUGUAAAAAGUAGGGAUAAUACUGGGGGAAUACUAAGCAAACAAUUUGCACCAGCUUUGUUUAUGAAUCCAGCAUGGGUCUUUGUGUUGGCUUGCACCAAGUGUGUGUGUACGUGUGACACAAUAUCAAGUAAAAAUGUAAUGAUGUACUCGAAGUGUUGAACCUCUGGAGUCUCAUACAUGAUCAACUCCUGGCAGCGCUUUCUGUCCUCACAUUCCCUCCGAUUCAAACACCAAAUUUAAAAAUGUGAGCAGGUCACCAAUUUAAUUUUACAAACAGCUGAUACAACCUGCUGCUUAAAGGAUAAUAUUGGUUUAUUAUAACUUGGGUCUUAUUUUCUGAGUUUUCGCCAUCACUCCAAUUGGUAACAAUAAUAUUGUACUUGCUGAGACCUGGAACCAAGGCAGCAUCACUACAACAAAGUCCAAUAGAGCAAGAAGCACAAGCAGUCAGUGUUUGUUGGGUUUACCCUAACUAAUCAGUAGUGAGUGAUGUCAUUUUCAAUUGAGUCAACACAUUGAGCUGUGGUUGUGGUUGCUAGGAGCAGUUAGGCUAACGUUUUUCACGACAAUACAAGAAAUAUGCUAAUACUAAAUAAUAGUAGUACUGUAUAACUGUUUCUAUAAGUUGACUUCCAACAACUUUUACAGCUGCCUUGAUCUCAUCCAUGGUUUUGUUUAUUAUUCUGUUGCCAUUUGUCAUGAAUGUUGUUAUUAUUUCUGGCUCUUGCACAGGAAGAUGACGUUGCUAUUCUUAAUCGCACUUUAAAAGUUCAGUGACCACAAGACCAGACACCAUGAAAUUAACUGCUUAAUAAACUGGAGAUAUAGGUGGUGAUUCAGAGGCCUGGAACCAGUCUAGGAUUAUCACUUUUGGGUGCACUCACAUUUUUUUGUGGUUUAGAAGGCUAAACUGUCAUGUUUCCUGUCUUGUCAGACUUUGUUGUAGUGAUGUCGCCUUGUUUCCAGAUCUUAGAAAUUACAAUGAGUACAAUGUUAUCAUAACUGAUACUGACUGAAUCAGAAACAAUGGUCAAAACUACAAAAAUAAAAGUUUUAUUUUUAACUUUUUAAAUAAUAUUACUAUAUGGCCAUUAUAUGAUAGCAGUAUAGUGCUUAGCCUUUAAUAUUUUGAAAUGUUUAAGGAUAAGCAUUAUACUGCUAUCAGUUUUUUCUUUGUUUUUUUGUAUUGAAAGUUCACAAGUAGCGUAAUGCAUGUUCUUCCCAAUUUAAUGCAAGUAGGCUAAAGCCCAAUUGAUUAAUUAAACUGAUCAUUUUAAAAUCUGUCUUAGCAAUGUGGUUAUCAAUUAAUAAUCUGACUAAACCUUUUGAUGGUUUUGAUUUGUUCAGUGUUUUGUAUCAAAAUAUUCAUCAUGCAAUAUCCAUCCUGGGAUUACAGUGAAAAAAAGAACUCUCCUACUUAUAUUUAACUGUUUAACACCUGACAAUAAUUGCAGUUGUGAGGAAAACUAUGUAUCAAUAUAGCAUCUACAGUACUUUACGGUAUCUUGUGAGAAUUACAUGGUAUCACUGAAUGUUGUCACUGAUUGUAAUUAUCUGUAAUUGCUGUCAAAUUCCUCACAACAAAAUGUCAGAGCUCUGUAGGAGUCCUUACUAAUCGUGGUAAAAAAAAAUCUGUGCUUGUCAGUGAGAAUUUUACAAAGUCAAAACACAGUUCGUCAAUUGCUAAAUUUCUUUGGCCCAGCUCAACUGAAAAUAAUCCAGUGACAAAUAUUUGUAGCGUUCUUAUCCGAUUUAGUUUAACGUGCCAACACAAUUCCACAGCCAGGCUCUAUAAACAUGAUUUAGAUGCUACGUCUUAUAUCUGCCUCCACCUACUGAGAAAUUACCUCUGCCAUUGACCUGUGGGGGGCUUGUCUGAAAUAUUUCAAAUGUGGAGUGUUUGCCUUACAGCGUGAGAUUUGUCAUCACCUCUGCUUUAUGAGCUCCUUUAGGAACGGUGUCUGAGAAGAACUGCCAACGUGCAUGGAAUGAUUGUAAUGCUUUGAUGGAUCUAUAUGAUAUUUAUGAACCAGAUGUUAGGCGUCAUCCAUCAUAUGUACUGUGGUAGCGGAUGCAGGAUCAUACCAAGGGACCCCUGGUAUGACAAAAAUGACAUUUCAAAACCCCUUUCUUUUUUUAAAAAGUGACUUUAGUCUUUGGAAUCACUGCCACAUUGAAUUUUACUGUCCUAGGUGAUGGAUAAUAUGCUGUAUAUUUUUAAAACAAGCCUCUUUUUUUUGUCCUUGUAGGAAAGCUGUUUUAAAUGAACAGUUGUGUUUAUUUCAUGACAAUUAUUUUGAAAAUUCACAUGGUCUACAUGACCUUAUAUUGAGCUCUGAAACAACUACGGGGGAAAAAAACCCAUAAAAAGCAAUAUAUUAUGACAUUUUCAAGCAAUGAAGGUAUUUUUUUUCCUGGUGUCAAAACACAUUUUUAUUUAUUUUGGUAUUUUCUUUCUGAUAAUUUUGCCCAUGAGAUUUCCAGAUCAGAGAUAGUUGGAGCACAAAGGAAACACGAUUACAGUUGUUCUGUCUCAGAGAAGAAAAUAAUAACAAUGCAAUAUCCCACCAUUAUACUAUGGAAUUACGUCCUAUUUUCAGUCAGUCUACUAUGUUGUUAAAUUUGCAUAAUUUCAGAUGGUAUGCUUGCUGUAGCAUUCCUCAGUUCAGUCAGUCCAUAGAUGUCUGUGUACUGACUUGUGUAUACAUAACCAGUGUCUUACUGUCUGUUUCUCUGGAGAUUAUCAUUGUAUUUUAGCCGUAUCAUCAAUGAAUCAGUGACAGUUUGAACCUCAACCAUUGUUCUCGUACCAUUUUAACAUAGACGAUACUGUGUCCUGUAGCUCUUUGUCGACCAAUCGGAUCUUUACCAUGGUGCAUUCUGUUGGCUAGCUGCUUUCAUUUGAACCUAACUCUUAUGACCAAACCAAGUCACCCGAUGGCAAAUACAACUACUACUAUUGCUACUAAUACUAUUCAAUGCUGUAAUGUCGUAAAUCUUGUGGCUUCUGCAUGAAUUCAAGAAAAAAAAAAUAGGACCGAUGUUUCACUGCCCUUGAUAGAACAAAAAAGAAAAAAAUUGAUCUUUUAUGGACUGUUACAAGUUGUAUAGUGAGUGAUACUGUCCCUAGCCCACUGUAUUAUGUGCUUGUUAUAACUAUUGCUCUAUGACAAGCUUAUAGCAUCAAUAUAUGGGAAUAUUUGGUAGAUUUAUAUUGUGUUAUAUUGUGAUAGCAUGUACAUAAAAGAUACCUCCUCUGCAAUAAAUAUUUAUAUGAAAAUCAA